AGCUGGGGCAUGGCCGUCAAUGUGUACUCGACAUCGGUGACCAGUGAGAACCUGAGCCGCCAUGACAUGCUUGCCUGGGUCAACGAUUCUCUCCAGCUCAACUACACCAAAAUUGAGCAGCUCUGCUCAGGGGCUGCUUAUUGCCAGUUCAUGGACAUGCUGUUCCCUGGCUGCGUCCACCUGCGGAAGGUCAAGUUCCAGGCCAAGCUGGAGCACGAGUACAUCCACAACUUCAAGGUGCUGCAGGCUGCCUUCAAGAAGAUGGGAGUGGACAAAAUCAUCGCAGUGGAGAGACUGGUGAAGGGCAAGUUCCAGGACAACUUUGAGUUCAUCCAGUGGUUUAAGAAGUUCUUUGAUGCUAACUAUGACGGGAAGGAGUACAACCCGCUUCUGGCGCGGCAGGGCCAGGACGUCACACCCCCUCCAAACCCAGGUGAUCACAUCUUCAACAAACCCAAGAAACCCAUUGGCACUGCAGUCCCCCAGAGAACCUCUCCCACCGGCCCCAAGAACACAUCAAACCCAGCUCGCCUCAGCAACGUUCCCAGCAGCAUCCUCCGGAAAAACUCUCCCGCAGCUCGUAACGGGGGCACUGAGGCUGAUGCACAGAUCCUGGAGCUCAACCAGCAGCUGAUGGACCUGAAGCUGACGGUGGAUGGGCUGGAGAAGGAGCGGGAUUUCUACUUCAGCAAGCUGCGGGACAUCGAGCUGAUCUGUCAGGAGCAUGAGAAUGAGAACAGCCCCAUCAUCACCGGCAUCAUCAGUGUCCUCUACGCCACAGAGGAGGGCUUUGCCCCACCAGAGGAUGAUGAGCUGGAGGAGCAGCAGCCAGAGGACCAGGACGAGUACUAGCCCCGGCACGCUCCGCGCCCCGCCCCGC